AUGACCAAGAAGGAUGCAAAGCCAAGAUUGAUUCGAUGGGUACUUCUACUCCAGGAGUUCGAUAUAGAGAUAAAGGACAAGAAGGGCACUGAAAAACUGGUAGCAGAUCAUCUGUCAAGACUAGAGUUGGAAGAGAGCCAUCAUGCAAAAGAGGUACAGAUAAAUGAGCAAUUUCCUGAUGAACAACUCUUUAGUGUGAGGGAAAACCUAAUGGUACCGUGGUAUGCUGAUUAUGUCAACUUCUUGGCUGCUAAAAUAACUCCUCUUGAGCUUUCUCGUCAACAAUUAAAGAAGUUCUUUUCUGAAGUGAAGCAUUAUUAUUGGGAAGAGUCAAUCCUUUACAAGCACUGUGUUGAUCAGAUAAUAAGAAGAUGUGUGCCUGAAGAGGAGAUGUACUCGAUUCUCAACCAUUGUCAUGCUUUACCAUGUGGGGGACAUUUCAGUGGAACAAGAACUGCUCCAAAGGUGUUGCAGAGCGGAUUCUUUUGGCCAACACUUUAUAAAGAUGCAAAUACUUUUGUGAAGGCAUGUGAUCGUUGUCAGCGCACUGCAAUCAGUACAUCUUAUUGGAUGUGGAUUAUGUGUCGAAAUGGGUUGAAGCUGCAGCAACACCACAAAAUGACUGUAAAACAGCUCUCCGCUUCCUUCAAAAGAACAUAUUCACUCGAUUUGAGUCAUGGCCAAGCUGAAAUUUCUAAUCGGGAGAUAAAGAUGAUUCUGGAGAAAACAGUGCAGAGAUCAAGGAAAGACUGGUCAAGAAAGUUAGAUGAUGCACUGUGGGCGUAUAGAACAGCAUUCAAGACGCAAAUCGGGAUGUAA